AUGCAUGCAGAGGGAUUGUUGGUGCGUGGGGGAGAGCUGAAGAUUAAGGAGAUGGAGGUGCAGUGUUACCUAUUUGUGUUGCUGGGAUCCACGCUUUUUGUGGAUAAGAGUCGUGAUCGCCUUCGUCCUGCGAUCAACUUGUUUCUGAAGGAUCAUCGACGAUUGGCUGAUUACGCUUGGGGAGCUGGUGCACUAGCCUAUCUCUACAGACAGUUGGGAGUGGCCACACGAGCGGGUAGUAAGGGUCUUUGUGGUUGUUUGACCCUGCUUCAGGCUUGGAUAUAUGAGUACUUUCCUCUUUUCCGUCCGAGCCAGCUGCCACAGUCUCCGGAUGCACCUCGUGCUUCCUCGUGGAUUUCUCCCCGUUUGCCAGGUGGGGAUGAGGCUAGACAGAGGUUAGUACGUUAUCGACAGUUGUUGGAUGAGCUUUCAGCUGAUGAUGUGACCUGGACUCCGUACGGACGAGAUGGCCACACAGAUAUACCCCGCUCCUUGUAUACUGGCCCCAUUCGCUUUUCUGACAUUGCUGAGGGAUACGAUCCUUCACGUUGUCUGCGCCAGUUUGGAUACCGACAGAUUAUCCCCGCUGCUAUGACGGUACCACAUGACCAUUACCGUCCGGCUUCCGGCAGCAGUUACAUAGUCUUUUGGGAUCCGUGGGUGAAUCAGUUGUGGAAUAACGUGGCAGCUCGUCGUCUAGAGUUGGAUUUUGCUUCUCGGCCGUGCGAGCAGCCAUCGGAGAUCGUGGAGGAGUACGUUGACUGGUUUCUGACUAGAUCGCACCCACGGAUCACCCACCCCACUGAUGAGGAGCCUCAGCCUCGACCACUACUAGUUCAUCAGGUUAGUUAUGACUUUCUUUUGCUUUUCCAAAUAUAA